AUGUCGUACGGCAAGGGCUCCUCCGAGUACUCUGCUCGCCAGAUUGCUCCUAAGCACACCCUCGACUACAAGUGCUAUCUCGAGCAGAAUGGCCAGCCAGUUUCCCCCUUUCACGAUAUCCCUCUCUAUGCCAACGAGCAGCAGACUAUCCUCAACAUGAUUGUCGAGAUCCCCCGCUGGUCCAACGCCAAGCUCGAGAUCUCCAAGGAGGAGUGGCUUAACCCCAUCAAACAGGAUGUCAAGAAGGGCAAGCUGCGAUUUGUGCGCAACUGCUUCCCCCACAAGGGCUAUCUCUGGAACUACGGCGCCUUCCCUAGAACCUGGGAAGACCCCAACGUUGUCCACCCCGAAACCAAGGCCAAGGGUGACAAUGACCCGCUCGAUGUCUGCGAAAUCGGCGAGGUCGUUGGCUACACUGGUGAAAUCAAACAGGUCAAGGUCCUCGGUGUGAUGGCUCUCCUGGACGAGGAAGAGACCGACUGGAAGAUCAUCGUCAUUGACGUUCACGAUCCCCUUGCUCCCAAGCUCAACGACAUCGAGGACGUCGAGCGCCACCUCCCUGGCCUUCUCCGUGCCACCAACGAGUGGUUCCGCAUCUACAAGAUCCCAGAUGGCAAGCCCGAGAACCAGUUCGCCUUCAGCGGUGAAUGCAAGAACAAGAAGUACGCCGAGGAGAUCAUCCACGAGUGCAGCGACGCCUGGGAGCGGCUCAUCACCGGAAAGACCCAACCUAACGGCCUCAGCCUUGCCAACGUUACCAACUCCAACUCUCCCGAUCGUGUUGAUCCCUCGGAACUCAGCAGGAUCCCCCCUGGCACCAACGAGGCUCCGCAACCCAUCGAUGCUAGUGUCGACAAAUGGUUCUUCAUUUCUGGUGCGGCUGUCUAA